AUGGAUUCCGACUACGACCGCUCCGUCCUCAUCAUCAACCCCAACACCACCCAGGCAAUGACCGAUGCCUUGAAGCCAUUGGUGAAGAGGCUGAAGUACAGGACAACUCACUUUGAGUACUUCACAGCACCCUCCGGCGUCCCAUCGAUCAACAAUGAAGACGAUGCAGCUGUCUCAGCUGAGCACUGUCUCCCAGUCCUGAAGCAGAAGCUGAACGAGUUUGAUGCGUUCCUGGUCUGCUGCUACUCACAGCAUCCACUUGUCCCCGAGCUACGCAAUGAGCUGGCCAAGGCUGGACUGUACAAGCCAGUGACUGGCAUCUUUGAGUCUUCGGUCUCGACUUGCUUGCAGAGUUUGAACAACUAUGACAGCUUUGGCAUUGUCUCUACUGGGUCGCAGUGGAAGGAGAUUCUGGGCGAAGCCGUGACUAACUUCCUAGGCUCUGACAAUCCCGAGCGCUAUGCUGGAACUGAGACAACAGGAUUGAAUGCAGACCAACUUCACACUGCGCCAAAGGAAGAAGUUGAUCGCCUGAUGAAGGACGCCACCAAGAAACUGCUUUCGAAUGGUGCCAAGGCUAUCUGUCUGGGAUGCGCAGGCAUGGCUGGACUGGACCAAACCGUGAGAGAAGCAUGCAUCGAGGCGCUUGGAGAGCAGUUGGGAAAGAGGGUCAGAGUUGUGGACGGUGUCGUUUCGGGUGUCAUCUUCCUGGAGGGCACCCUCAGAGCUGGCGUCUGA